UUGAAAUUACAUUUCUCUUUGACCUGAAUCAUUUCAUUUUUUUUGUGUUAUUUCUUGUGUUUUGUGUGUACGUGUGUGCCUAAAUGUUCAAAACUAUAAUAAUCACACACAUUGCCUUUUAUGACAAUGUCGUUUGUCGGAUGAUGAUGAUGAUGAUGAUUCGGCCUGAAUCAAGCUGCUAUUAAUGUUUUCGGCCUUUUUUGAAAAUUUUUCUAUCUAAUAAAAAAAACAUUGAUCAAUUUGGCUGUAUUUUUUGGAAUUGUUGCUUUUUCUCUCGACCAUUAUUAUAAAAAUUAAUGCAAUCAACAAUUAUCAAAUGGAAAUUUUUAUGUGAUACAUUUUAUUUUAUUUUAUUAGUUUAUGAUUAUUAUUAUCAUUUUUUUUCUAUUCAAUUUCAUUCAAACAUAUUUACCUCUCUCGAAUCCAAGAUCCACUGAUUCAUUUACGUCAAUAAUAAUUUAGGUAGAAAAUCAUUGCAUUUUAUUUUCUCUUGAAUAAAUCAAAAAUUUCAUGUGAUUUUAAAAACAUCCCACGAAACCUAUAUGAUCGAUCUUUGAUUUAAAAUCUUCAUUCAUCAUUUGUUUUUUUGAUCAUUAAUGUUCAACGAUUCAAACAAUAGCAACGAAAAGCUUUGUCUUUUUUUCUUUAUAUUAUAACCGUGAUAUUUUUUUUUCACCUACAAUUUUAUUAAUAAAAAUCAGAGGCAAAAAAAAGAAGACUAAUCAAAUCAAGUGAUUCUCCCUCUGUACGAGUGUAUAUAUCGUAGUCCAAAGAGAAGAAUAAUUAUUGAUGAAUUUAAAUUUUAUAUUGUAAUCAACGAUACACCAGAAAAAAACCAGUCACAAUGUCUGAUGGAUCCGAAUGUAACAUUAAAGUUGUCUGUCGUUUUCGACCUCUAAAUGAUUCAGAGGAAAAAUCUGGUAGCAAAUUCGUCGUCAAAUUUCCUUCAAAUAGUGAAGAAGGAUUGACUAUAUCGGGCAAAACAUAUGUAUUUGAUAAAGUGUUCAAACCAAAUGCAAGUCAAGAAAAAGUAUAUAAUGAAGCAGCAAAAGCUAUUGUCAAAGAUGUUCUUGGUGGCUAUAAUGGUACCAUAUUUGCAUAUGGUCAAACAUCAUCGGGUAAAACACAUACGAUGGAAGGUGUACUUAAUGAUCCCGAUUAUAUGGGUAUCAUACCACGUAUCGUGAAUGAUAUAUUCAAUUAUAUCUACUCGAUCGAUGAAGCAAUUGAAUUUCACAUCAAAGUCUCUUAUUUUGAAAUUUAUUUAGAUAAAAUUAGAGAUCUUUUAGAUGUGUCCAAAGUGAAUCUAUCGGUUCAUGAAGAUAAAAAUCGUUGCACAUUUGUCAAAGGUGCGACCGAACGUUUCGUAACAUGUCCAGAGGAAGUGAUGGAAGUUAUUGAUGAAGGAAAAUCAAAUCGACAUAUAGCCGUGACGAAUAUGAAUGAACAUUCUUCUCGUAGUCAUUCAGUAUUCUUGAUAAAUGUUAAGCAAGAAAAUCAAGAUAACCAGAAAAAACUGACCGGAAAAUUAUAUCUUGUUGAUUUGGCUGGUUCUGAAAAGGUUAGCAAGACUGGCGCUGAAGGAAUGGUGUUGGAUGAAGCAAAAAAUAUUAACAAAUCGCUUUCAGCACUUGGAAAUGUGAUAUCAGCCCUAGCGGAUGGCAAUAAAUCUCAUAUUCCAUAUCGUGAUAGUAAGCUUACUCGUAUAUUACAAGAAUCACUCGGCGGUAAUUCACGUACUACAAUCAUUAUAUGCUGUUCACCGGCAUCAUUCAAUGAAAUGGAAACAAAGUCAACGCUUGAAUUUGGUCGGCGAGCCAAAACCAUCAAGAACGUUGUCAUAGUGAAUGAAGAAUUGACCGCUGAAGAAUGGAAACGUCGUUAUGAACGUGAACGUGAAAAAGUUACCAAACUUCGUGCUCAACUUCAACGUUGUGAACAGGAAUUGACACGAUGGCGAAACGGUGAAUCCGUACCGCCUGAUGAACAAUCAGGAUUGGUUAGAGAUCUUGAUACUAGUACACUUAGUCUAUCCGAAUCAGUUCAUAAUUUGCCUGCUGCUUCCGCUCCAGCAAUGAAUAUUAAUGUUCCAAUGUUUGCAGCUACAACUAACGAACCAUUAACAAAUGAAGAACGAAUGAAAUUCGAAGAAGAACGAGCUCGACUUUAUGCUCAGCUUGAUGAAAAAGAUGAUGAAAUUGAUAAAUAUAGUCAACAGAUUGAAAAAUUAAAAGAGCAAAUUGUCGAACAGGAAGAAAUAUUCACAUCAUCUAGACGUGAUAAUGAUGUCCUACAAGCCGAUAUUACUCGUUUUCAACAGGAAAAUGAAUCUCUUAAAGAAGAGGUUAAAGAAGUAUUACAAGCUCUCGAAGAGCUUGCUGUUAAUUAUGAUCAAAAAUCACAAGAGUUCGAAACAAAGAACCGAGAAUUUGAAACGUUAAGCGAAGAAUUGACACAAAAAUCUUCACUAUUGAAUGGUCAAGAAUCAGAAUUACAACAAAUAAAAGAACAGAUGAAUCAUCAGAAGCGACGAUAUGUAGAAAUGGUUACAAAUCUAAUGAAAGAUCUCAGCGAAGUGGGAAUCGUUUUGGGUUCGAAUCAAAAUGCAAGUUUUAUUGGUGAACUAAAAAUAUCAAAUGAUGCAAGCAAAUUGGAUGAUGAAUUUACUGUUGCUCGAUUGUUCAUAAGUAAAAUGAAAAGCGAAGUCAAAGCACUUACGACUCGAACUGCUCAUCUUGAAACAUACCAGUCAUCUUGUAAUAAAAAGAUUGAAUCAUAUGAAAAAGAAUUGCAGGAACGUCGUUUACUUAUAAGCCAAUACGAGGCCAAGAUGAAUUCAUUACAAGAAACGAUAAAAGAAGCUGAUAAAAAACUACGCGUUCUGGAAGAAACUGUUGAUCAGCUAAAUGAAGAAUGUGCUAAAUUGAAAGCAGCCGAAGAAAUGCAUCAGGUUACAUCAAAAGAAAAAGAAAAGGAAAAAGAUUCUGUCGAGCAAAUGAAAAAUGCUCUUGAACAACAAAUUGAAAAACAUAGAGAAAAUCAUCAAAAACAAUUGGCCACAUUACGUGAUGAAAUUGCCGAACGCCAAUCAAUGGUCGAUCAGUACAAAGAUUUGAAUCAAAAAAUGACCCUUGCUCUAGAACGAUUACAACAAGAUUAUGAUAAGCUCAAAGCCGAAGAAAAUGACAAGAGUGCAAAAUUGCAUGAAAUGACAUUGUUGAAUGAAAAAUGUGAACAGGCCAAACAAGAUCUUAAAGGACUAGAAGAGACUGUUGCCAAAGAGUUGAAUAGCCUAUUCAAUCUUCGAAAAUUAUUUGUCGAAGAUAUUAAGAAUCGGUUUAAAAAGAUUUCGAUUGGUGAGGAACAGGAUGAUUCUUCAAAUUCUGGUGGAUCAUUAGCCCAGAAACAGAAAAUUGCCUUCCUCGAGAACAAUCUUGAACAAUUGACUAAAGUUCAUAAACAGCUUGUACGAGACAAUGCCGAAUUGAGGUGUGAACUUCCAAAAUUAGAAAAACGAUUACGUACUACAAUGGAACGUGUAAAAACGUUGGAAGCUGCCCUAAAAGAAGCUAAAGAAUCGGCUAUGAAAGAUCGAAAACGUUAUCAACACGAAGUUGAUCGAAUCAAAGAAGCCGUCCGACAAAAGAAUUUAGCACGAAGAGGACACGUCGCUCAAAUAGUAAAACCAAUUCGUGCUGGCGGUGGACCCAAUACCGUUGUUUAUCGUCCGAACAAUAUGCAAUCCAAGUGAAUAUAAAAAAAACCCAUUCACAUUGGAAUCUAUAUCUAGGUUUUUUCUUUUGUUUCAAAUUGUUUUACUUUCUUUCAUUUCAGAUGAAAAUAUAAAUUUCCGUCAUUCAACCGACACCCUCGCCCCCACACAAACACAAAAUACAUAAUGAAGUGUUUGUAAACUUGUAAUAUUUUCGAUCACACAUUUUGCAUAUGAAUAUUGAUAGCAACACUUUUUCCUGUAUUCCACCUGAUUCUAUGCAAUUUCUUUGAGUUAUACACAAUACUGUUUCAUCAUCAACAUCAUCAAUAUAACGAUACGUAAUACUUGUAUACUUGUUUUUUUUAAUUGUUAAUACAUUUUACGUAUCGUGUUUUGUCAUAUUUUACUUUGAUUCAAAUGAAUUGUUUCUUCCUUGCCUAAUAAUAAUGAUGAUGAUGAUGAUGAUAAACGAAACAAAGAA